AUGGACCUCACGAACUCCCUACAAAAGCUCGCCGGAUACUAUCCGUCCAAGUCACAAAAGUCUCAGGACACGCUAGACAAAGGCAUUACACUGCUCAAGAAUAAUGGUUUCGCAAAGCAGGGCGACGAAGGCUGGGAGUCGCUGGAGAAGUUGACCCUCGCGGCAUUGGACCAGGGAGAUCUUGCGGUGGCGGACCAAUGUCUCCAACUCAUAGUGGAUAAAUUCCCGGGAUCCCCUCGAGGAGAAACGCUUCAAGGAAUCCGGAUGGAGGCUACAGCAUCUCCAGAGGUUGCUUUAAAAUACUACGAUGAGCUACUCGAAGCAGAUCCUGCAAAUGCAACAGCUUGGCGAAGAAAAUCUUCUAUUCUACGACGUAUGGGGAAAAUUGAUUUGGCUGUUCAGGAACUUUCAGCAAUGCUUGAUACAUUCUACGCGGACGUCGACGGCUGGCUCGAACUCGCCGAUAUUUACGCGUCGUGUCAGCAGUACACGUAUGCACUUCAAUCCAUUUCGCAUGCCCUCUUGCUCGCGCCGCAGAAUCCGUUCCACUUUCUUCAUUUUGCAGAAACGGCCUAUUUGGCCAACGACAUCCCGCUAUCGCUGAAGAUGUUUCUAGUUGCUGUGGACAUGACGGACGACGAUGACGGGCCCGUUCCGCCCCAAGAUUCCAUUCCGGCGGGACUGACUCUACGCGCUUGGUAUGGCGUGAAACUGUGCACUCGCCGAUUUGCUACCGAGCCACGUCUCCUCUCAUCCUCAGCGUCACACACGGCCGCUCCGGAUGCUAUCACGCUGUCUAACGUGGAUGAGCUAUCCACGGAACGUCUUCGCACAGCGUACAUGAACAUGAAGGGCGAGUCUGCUCCCAAAGUUGAUGAUGACCUUAUUGUUCAACUGGCUACCAUGAUCCAAUGA